GUUGCCUAGAGUUGCCUCCACAUUGCCUUCAGUAGCCCAUGGCUGUAGUGCCUGCAGUCUUUGCUGGAGCACCUUAACCACGCAGACCUUCUUGGUGCAAUGUUUGACUUCGACAAGUUGGAACAACGUGAGCAGCGUGACUCCGCCAUACCCGUCGAAGUGAGCUCCGUGGAGGUCGAGGAAGGCUUUGGGAUCUAUGCCGUGUCCGAUGUGCACACGGACAAGCGGGAGAACAUGGACUUGCUCCGGACUUGGCCAGCAAGACCCAGAGAUGUACUCUUGCUUGCAGGUGAUGUCUCCAAUGACUUGAGUGUGGUAAGAACCACCUUGGAGCUGCUCCUUGAACGCUUUGGGCAUGUUUUCUUCUGCCCAGGAAACCAUGAUCUUUGGCUUCACCCAAAGGAUGGUUGCAAAGAUUCAGUGGAAAAGUUUUGGAAGCUGGAAGGACUUUGCCAGGAGCUGGGCGUGAAGACACAGCCUAGCUACGUGGGCAAGGUGCUGAUUGUCCCGUUGCUCUCUUGGUAUCACUCGAGCUUCGACAAAGAACCCGACAUUCAGGAUGACACCCUGGUGCCUGUUGAGAAGAUGAUGUCUGAUUUCAUGCUGUGCAAGUGGCCUCCUGGGCUGACUCCCUUGGCGGGUAGCGAUUCCAUCGCCACCUUCUUUGACCAGCUCAAUGACCAACGAACAGCAGCGGUUAACCAGGAGAGACCAGCAGCUGUGAUCUCCUUCUCUCACUUUCUUCCAAGAGCAGAGCUUUUGCCAGAGAAGCGCUUUCUCUACUUCCCGCCCAUCGCAAAGGCAGUAGGCUCGCUCUUGCUUGGGGAGCGUGUCAAGCGACUAUCGCCGGAUCUCCAUGUGUUCGGACAUACGCACUAUGGCUGGAGUACAUCACUUGACGGCACCAGGUUCCUACAAGCAUGCUUGGCCUAUCCUCGAGAGCGCUCAGAUCGGCCGUUCUCCGUCUUUUGCAAGAGGGAUGGGCUGAAGCAGUGCCCGCCACUGCUAGUAUAUGGUCAUCCAACAGGAGAGUUUCCGAGCUACGAUGGCUUUUGGUCUGGCUACUACCAGGAACAACCGAAGCGCCACGACUUGCCCUGGCUGUACCAACGGAGGGACCAGGCCAAGGUGACACCACUGGUCCGCGAUUUCGUGGAGGCACGGCGAGGAUUGCUCACUCACCAGGAGAUCGACGUGCUGCUCCAGGCCUGCUUUAAAAAAAGCCGGCACCCUGGGCAGUGGCCCUGGGCAGUUGGAAGAUUUGGAAAUGAAUGUGAAGGUUUGGAGCUCGAGUGAGGCUCGGCUCCCCCGUAAGAUCCCUAAGCACCUCCUGGAAGGCGUUUGGAGGCGUUUGGAGGUGCCUCCUCACGCACCACAUCCCUUGACCGACUGGGAUGGGGUGGAGGAGCUGCUUGUGCUUCAGGCGAGCUGACGGAACUGAGGGCCGUGUCACAAGUUGCGAUGACAGACCUGUGCAGAGCGGUCUGAAAAAGAGGCCCGGCGAGGCUCGAGGCGAGCAUUUCGAGCCGGCUCAGCCCGGCGAGCUUUCUAAGGGCCCGCCAUGGAGCGGGAGAGAGGGAUGGGCAUUGCUUGAGUGUUUCUCCGUUGGGCACUUCUGAAACAUAUCUUAAG